AACAAAAAAAGAAAUUUACUUGUUUAGACAAAAAAGACAAAAAAAACCACUUCUUUUUGUCUGAGCAGUUGAGCGAGCCAAUUCUGAUAAGAGCAAUGUUCGCUAAUCGGAAGCAGCAACGUAAUGAAAGUCGAUGACUUUGUUCUUGAUGUUCAAAUCUCAGUGCUUUUUUGAUAAUUUUUUUUCUUUCUAAUCCCAUGUUCUAAUUGUACAAUCAGCAAUGCGAAUGAACAAAUUACUGCUUUUUGUCCGUACCAUAACAACCUUAACACCAAGAUAUUACGUACCCAUAUCAUCUACUACCAACAAUCUGCUGUUGGACUCUUAUUGUGAAUCCAAUCCACAUGAUGUCGUUUACACCAAAAACAGGACUAUUGAUAAAUUGAUUAAAUCUGGGAAUAUACAUGGUGCACACAAUUUGUUCGGUGAUAUGCUUAUACGGGAUGUUGUUACAUAUAACUUGCUGAUUUAUGGGCAUGGUAAAUGUGGAAUUCCGAAACAAGCUCUCUAUGUUUACCGCGAAAUGGUUGCACAAGGAUUAAGAGAAAAUCCGUCAACGUUCUCUUCUGUUUUAAGUAUCUGUAGUAAUUCUGGGUUUGUCAGAGAAGGAAUUCAAGUUCACUGCAGAAUUAUUAAGUUUGGGUUGCAUUCCAAUUUGUAUAUUGGUAGUUCACUUGUGGGUCUUUACAUGCAUAUGGGACUUGAUGAUUGGGCUUUGGGUUUGUUUGACGAAUUGCCUGAGAGAAAUUUAGCAAUAUGGAAUGUGGUGUUACGCGGGUUUUGUGAGCUGGGUCGAUUUGAUGAGUUAUUAAGAAUUUACAAUGAAACGAAACUAGAUAAUUUGGAGCUAAAUGGCCUUAGCUUUUGCUAUUUGAUCCGUGGAUGUUGUAACAAAACGUUUUUCAAUGAAGGGAGGCAGCUGCAUUGCCAUGUGAUUAAGGUUGGUUGGGUAAACUCAAAUAUUUUUGUUGCUAAUGCUUUGGUGGAUUUUUACUCUGCAUGUGGGAGUUUAAAUGAUGCAAAGAUAUCAUUUCAAGCUAUUCCACUCGAGGAUGUUAUAUCGUGGAAUUCAAUAUUGUCAGUGUGUGCAGAUAAUGGCUUACAUUUUGAUGCUCUUGAAUUAUUUUAUAUGAUGCAGUUUUGGGGUAAGAAACCUUCGAUUCGCUCAUUUGUUGGGUUCCUAAAUUUGUCAAGUAUGAAUGGAGAUAUUGUAUUUGGGAAACAGAUUCACUGUUGUGUCGUCAAGCUGGGUUUUUAUAAUGGGAGUGUGCAUGUACAAUCUGCACUAAUUGACAUGUAUGGGAAAUGUUUUGACAUUGAGAAUUCGAUUUCUGUAUAUGAAAGUCUUCCUAAGAGAACUUUGGAGUGUUGUAACUCAUUAAUGACCUCUUUGUUGCACAGUGGCUUUGUUGAUGAUGUGAUUGAUAUGUUUGGUUUGAUGGUUGAUGAAGGAAUUGGACUUGAUGAGUUUACGUUUUGUACAGUAUUGAAAGCAUUAUUAGAGUCCGUUUUAGUAAGUUUGGCUAGCUGCAGAUUGGUGCAUUGUUGUGUAAUAAAAUUUGGCUUUGAAUCUGAUAUUUCAGUUUCAUGUUCCUUGAUAGAUGGAUAUUCUAGGUCUGGUAAAGUUGAGCUUUCACAAAAGGUUUUCUCACAGCUCUCUUCACCAAAUGUCUUCUGUUUGACAUCAAUCAUCAAUGGAUUUGCCCGAAAUGGGAUGGGAAGAGAAUGUCUAGAGAUUUUUGAGACCAUGAUCCAAAAGGGUCUGAAACCUGAUAAAGUGACAUUCUUGUGUGUGUUAACUGGGUGCAGUCAUUCUGGGUUGGUUGAAGAAGGAAGAUCGGUUUUUAAUUCAAUGACAUCUAGGCAUGGAAUUUGCCCAGACAGAGAGCAUCUUUCCUGCAUGGUAGAUCUGUUGGGGCGAGCAGGUCUGCUGGAUGAAGCUGAAGAAUUGCUGCAACGGACACCAGGAAGGGGGACUUGCGUUAUGUGGAGCUCAUUGUUGAGAAGUUGUAGGGUCCACAGGAAUGAAAUGGUGGGAAGAAGAGCAGCAAAAAUUUUAUUGGAACUUGAUCCAGACGAUUUUGCAGUUUAUUCGCAAGUAUCAAACUUUUAUUCUGAAAUUGGGGAAUUUGAAGCUUCAAUGCAUUUUAGAGAGAUUGCUAUAGCAAGGAAGAUGACAAAGGACAUUGGUCAUAGUUUAAUUGAUAUAGAUAGUUGCCAUUAA